AUGGCGGCCACAGCGUCCCUGAAGAGCAGCCUUCUCCUCCCGUCUCCUAUCUCCGACUUCAGCGGCGCAGCCAUCUCCAUCUCAGCGCAGAAGAGGAGAUCAUCAUGGCAGCCAAGGGGGGCGAGGGUACAGGUCUCGGCGGCAGCUGACUCCAAGAACAUUCUGGUGAUGGGGGGAACAAGGUUCAUUGGGGUCUUCCUGUCCAGGAUCCUUGUCAAGGAGGGCCAUCAGGUUACGUUGUUCACUAGGGGAAAGGCACCCAUAACUCAGCAGCUGCCAGGGGAGUCUGACGCAGAGUACGCAGAGUUCUCCUCCAAGGUUCAGCACUUGAAAGGUGACAGGCAGGACUUCGAAUUUGUCAAGUCAAGCCUUGCUGCUAGGGGAUACGAUGUCGUUUACGACAUCAAUGGACGUGAGGCUGUCGAAGUUGAGCCUAUAAUUGACGCCUUGCCUAACCUGGAACAGUACAUAUAUUGCUCAUCGGCAGGAGUAUACCUGAAAUCUGACAUUCUUCCGCACUGUGAGGUUGACGCGGUGGACCCCAAGAGCCGUCACAAGGGAAAGCUGGAGACGGAGAAACUGCUGACGUCGCGCGGCGUGAACUGGACGUCCAUCAGGCCCGUGUACAUCUACGGCCCGCUCAACUACAACCCCGUGGAGGAGUGGUUCUUCCACCGGCUCAAGGCCGGCCGCCCCAUCCCCAUCCCCGGCGCCGGUAACCAGAUCACCCAGCUCGGCCAUGUCAAGGAUCUGGCAAGAGCCUUCAACCUGGUGCUCGGCAACCCCAAGGCGAGCCAGCAGAUCUUCAACAUCUCCGGGGCCAAGUACGUCACAUUCGACGGCCUUGCGCGGGCCUGCGCAAAGGCUGGAGGGUUCCCUCAGCCGGAGCUCGUCCACUACAACCCCAAGGACUUCGACUUCGGCAAGAAGAAGGCUUUCCCCUUCAGGGACCAGCACUUCUUUGCAUCUGUGGAGAAGGCGAUCAGCGAGCUCGGGUGGACGCCGGAGUUCGACCUCGUCGAGGGGCUCACCGACUCGUACAACCUCGACUUCGGCCGCGGCACGUUCCGGAAGGCGGCUGACUUUACUACAGACGACAUGAUCCUCGACAAGAAGCUUGCCACCGUCUGA